AAAAAAAAUGAAUCACACCAAUUGGGCUCCUGUUGCUCCGAUUGCCACUUGAGCUCCAAACCCACACGCACCACACAAUGAACAUUUAACACCCACCCCCCUUUGUUUUUUAAACAUUCAUCAAUUAAAUAUUAGUAACUUAUCUUUAAUACGAGUAAUUUCUACUAGUUUGUUAAAUAAAUAAAUAUAAAAUUCUUACAACAAUUUCCCCCAUUUUUAUAACAUAAUCAUCAUUAUAUGCUUCCUUAGGGUUUUUACUCGAUCACAUCCCCUUUUUUAGAGGCAUGAGGCGUUCUAGACACAACAAUGCAGUACUCGCACACGAUGAAUGGCCUAUCAGAAAGGCCCUUACAUUAUCGGAUGUUGACAUUACUCACCCGUUUCUCACUCUACCUCGCCAGCCAGUGGAGACAUAUAUCCUUGUGCAUUUGACACAACUUGAACGAGAUCAUCUACUGAAUAGAGAGCAAGUGGCCAUAAACGCUCAAGAUGAUGACACUGGUGAUGGUUAUAUAAUGAAGUUAAAAUGGCGUGGGAGUUAUUACAACCUUAUUGGCAAAUGGGGAAGAAUCGUCCGUAGCAAGGGACUUGAUGUUGGGAAGGAGAUCAAACUUCGUUGGUUUAAUGGAUGUUUGCACUUCUCGGUCCCACAACAACAACAACAACAACCUAUUUCUGCACCUCCGUUGCAGAUAAUUCCAGCACCCGUAGCACAGCAUGACCAGUGGCCCAUCAAUAAAGUUUUGACAUUGUCUGACGUGGACACUAAUCAUCCUUUCUUACCUCUAACAAGGAGAUCUGUUGAAGAUCAUAUUCUUGUGCAUUGGACCCCACAACAACGGGAGCUGCUGAGAAACGAAGAGCAAGUGAAUUUGACUGCCCGGGAUGUAGAUACAGAGGAGAUGUAUGUGAUGAAGCUGAGGUGGCGUGGAAACUAUUACAACUUAAUUGGAAAAUGGGGGAAAAUUAUAAGGAGUAGAGGACUUGGUGCUGGGAAAGAGAUCAAGAUUCGAUGGGCUAAUGGGUGUCUUCACUUUUCUGUCCCAUAUGAGCACACAGUUGUGCCUGCAGCAAUCCCGGUGAUACAACAACAACUACAACAACAACAACAACAACGACAACAACAACAACAACAACAACAACAACAACAACACAACAACAACAACAACAACAACAACUACAACAACAACUACAACAAAUACAACACCAGCACCACCAAGACUGGCCAAUUAAAAAGGCACUCACUUUAUCCGAUGUGGAUACAAAUCAUCCGUUUCUUACAUUACCUGGAAAAUCUAUUGAAGAUCAUAUUCUUUUGUAUUGGGCAUCACAGGCACGAGAACAAUUAAGAAAUGAGCUUCAGAUAAAUAUAAAUGCUCGGGACUAUGAUACAGGGGAUCUAUUUUUGAUGAAGUUGAAGUGUCGUGGGAGUUACUACAAUUUGAUUGGAAAAUGGGGACAAAUUAUCAGAGGGAAGGGACUGCAAGUUGGACAGGAGAUUAGGGUUCGUUGGGAUAAUGGGUUUUUAGUUUUUUCAGUUCCUCAAUGAUAGCAAUACUGAUGGUUUAUAGGUAGAAGAAGUUGACAGUGGAGGCUUUUGUUUUGUAAAUCUGAAAGUUUGUCUUUACAGUUUACAUGGUGGUUGUUUUGUAACGACUAGAUUCUAAAUUUUCAUUUUACAUGAGAAGUAUAUUCUUCGGUUUUUGUCAA